AUGAAUGAUACGACUCUACCGCAGUUUGUCAAGACUUUCGAUCAGGCGCUAGGCGGGAUCAUUGAGAAGCGUAUGACGUUCCACCUGGAUGAGCUUGCGAGAAAGGACAGGAAUUUUGGUGAGGUUGAAAGCAUUAUGCCUGCAAUUAUACCGAGGCUGUUGAAGUACGAGACGGACUUUACUGCGAAGUCCUUCGAGGAGACGCUGAACGGGUCGAAGGCAAUGUUGAUGGCGACGGGCGGUAUGACGGAGGAGAAGGGCAAAUUGUUCGAUGAGAGUCAAAGGCUCUUGGCUGAGUAUAUGGGCAACGGCGGGUUGAUUUCGUACAAGAAUGUGGUGGUGGUGGCGAGGAAGGUCGAUUGA